ACUUAUUGCGACAGGCCCUUCAGUCGCACUUCAAAAAGAAGAGACCUGGUUUGAAAGACACUGCUUUUGAAAACGAGACCCACAAAACCAGGAGCAAGAACGCGGAGUGGCCAACGACCCUCACAAGCGAGAAAGGACUGGAUUUGGAAGAGAGAACUGGGGGAUUAUUGAUUUUUCAGCGAAAUAUCUGAUCGCACGCACCUGGCUGUGUAACGGGGUCAACGGGAUCUUUGCGUGCCUCCUCGUUCCCGCACACUGAGACUUUGGCACGGUUACGCACCGAGCGCCGCGCUUCACGCAGGUGUGGAUAUCUUGAAACAACCGUGAACACAUGGCUGCAUUAACCUUAUCCAGAGCGGACAAUUUCCUCCACAAUUUCUUACAGGACCGCACUCCCAGCUCAUCUCCAGAAAGCGGUCCUAACACGCUCUCCUUUCUGGCCACCACAUGCAGUCAGGCUUGGCAGGAAGGCUCACAGCUCCCUUACGAGGGUCCGGUAGGCUCCGCAUCCAGCAUGUUCCAGCUCUGGAGCAACGACGUGGCCCCGAACUCCAGCUUGAGCGCUCACCAGAUGACAUUCACCGUUCCCAAAAUGCAGUUCCCCAGCCACAUGCAACCCACUCUGGGCUCGCACUCCCAUCACCACCAUCACCACCACCAUCACCACCAUGAGCUUCCCCUCACUCCUCCAGCGGAGCCUCCAUCUGCAUACUCAUUCGAGCUUUCCCCGGUUAAAAUGCAAGGGAAUGCACCAUACUACACGCAGCACAACGCCGUCAGUCAAAACUUUCCAAGCUUCCUCCAAAACCCCUCAGGAAGAGCUCACCUACCUGGUGGUCACGUUGAGGAUGGCCAGCAGUGGUGGAGUCUCCCCCAGGGUAACAGCGCUCCCUCCGGGCACCCUUUCUCCUUGGGACGGCAGCUGGUUUUGGGCCACCAGCCUCAAAUUGCAGCACUUCUGCAAGGAACCUCCAAAGGUCUGUUAAGCUCAACUCGUCGCUGUCGCCGAUGCAAAUGCCCAAACUGCCAGUCCACAGGAAACGGAGGCGCUGCUUUGGAGUUUGGGAAGAAAAGACUACACAUUUGUCACAUUCCAGAUUGCGGGAAGGUUUAUAAGAAAACCUCUCACCUCAAAGCGCACCUGCGCUGGCAUGCUGGUGAACGGCCCUUUAUUUGCAACUGGCUCUUCUGCGGGAAGAGCUUCACGCGUUCGGAUGAGCUGCAGAGGCAUCUUCGUACACACACCGGGGAGAAGCGUUUCGGCUGUCAGCAGUGUGGAAAACGGUUUAUGCGGAGCGAUCAUCUCUCCAAGCACGUGAAGACCCAUCAGAGCCGGAAGAGCCGGUCCAGUCAGCCUCCUCACAGCGGGACUGAUGCACUGCUGAGCAACAUCAAGAGAGAGUAAAAGAUGCACAAAGUACUAAAAACAAUAUGAACAAGAGCGAAGAGAGAGAACUUUUUUAUAGUCUGGAAGUUUGGCAGAGGUGAAAUGGUUCCAAUAGGAAGCAAUGGGAGCAUGGGCCUGUUUCUAUUACUGUAUGUUUUCAGAAAACACUGGAGUGAAGUGCUGCACCAAAACUGAUGUUAUAAAGACUUUAAAGAGACUUCAGGGCAAGGCAC